GUGCACAUUUUAGCUGCAGGACAGGAAGUGUACGUCCGACGUUGCGAUGCACCGCCAAAAACCUGGGUAGUGUGCCUAUAAGCGGACAAAAAUUGCGAGCAUUCGUCGUAGAAAACGGAGAUCGAGGCGGAUUACCACGGUGCAGAAGGGCUGCGUCGACCGUUUGGUACCGAACGCUGAGCUACUCAGGCUAAUUUAGCAGUCGGUGGCGGCGAAUGGCUAGCGGCUAAUGCUAAGGAGAAACCGAGAGAGUCGCUUCCGUCGGUCAAGUCUAAAGAAAGAAAAGUUGAUAAAAACGAAAGAGCUGACCCACCAAAAAUAGAUAGGGAACGGUUCUACAAGCUGGAAUGAUUAAUGCUGCGCUCCAGAUAAUACAAAAACUGAGAUAAUAGUGAACUCUGUUCAAACGGUUACUGUUCUUUAAAAAAAUGCUGUAAACGAGGGAUGUCCAAAAUGUGGCUGGGGGCCAAUUUCGGUUGGCAACUUAUUAUAUUUUGUUAUAAAAAUAGAUGUUAUUGAUAUUAUUAGUACACAUAUUUGCUUUGUCAGCUAUACUGCAAAGCUUUGCAUGCAAACACAGUAUAUUGCCCUGCAUUAGAUUGGUUUUUAGCAUCUUUAAAGGUGCAGUUUUACUUUUUUUUUAACCAAAAAAAGCAUAUGUUACCAAUAGUGAUUCAAGAGAACAUAAUUAGGCAUUGUUUGUAAGUAAAAAUGGUUUCAAAAUCUAUUCAUUUAUAUAUACAUACAUUUUUAAAAAUCAUGUUUCAUAAAACUACAACCUAUUGUUAGUCAAAGAAAUAUGCAUAUUUAAGCAAAGUUUACGUAUGUUGGCUUAAGCAUUUUCAAGUAUAAAAAUGACUAAAUCAACUAAAAUGCAAAUACAGGGCAGCCAGAAGACGCAUUAAACGGCUCAUAACUUCAUACAAGGCACACUAUCGGCCGAUAGAUGAGACCAAACCAAUCAGAGCACGCUGUUCUUGGCCGCUGAUUAGCUCAGCCUCACGCAGCAUCCAGUCCCGCUUCGUUUCCCUCGCACGCGCCUCUGUCUCGCUAAGCAGCGGAAAUAUCUUUGUUCUUGUGUUUCUGAUUUAUGAGAAUUUUUAUGAAGUCCCACGAUGGCUCCUAAACACGCUGCCUCUUUUAAGCCUUUGGACAAUGAAACUAAGCGCCGUAGGAAGAUGCUUACCAUUCAGCAGAAGGUGAAACUCUUGGAUAUGAUCAAGGAUGGCAAGAAAAUCGUCGAGGUUGCCCGCCAUUAUGGCUUGAAUGAGUCCACCGUUCGCUCCAUCCGCAAGGAUGAAAAGAACAUCCGUGCAGCAGCUGCCGUCUCCUUCAACAAGGAGGCAAAGCGCGUCGCGACAAGCCGUAAUAAGUUCAUAAUGAUAACUGAGUCUGCCCUAGCAAUUUGGAUCAGCGAUAGCCGCAAGAAUAACGUCACGCUGAAUUCGCUGGUCAUCCGGGAGAAGGCUAGGCAGCUCUAUCAGCGCUUCACGGCAGACGAUCCUCAACCUGGACCCUCUUGUGCAACCUUCAAAGAUUUCACGGCGAGCAAGGGUUGGUUCGAGAAGUUCCAGAAGAGGUACCAGCUGAAGAGUGUCGUUCUCCACAGAGAAGCUGCCUCUGCGGACCAGUCUGCAGCAGAGGACUAUGUGAACAGCUUCCAGAACAUCCUUGAGGAGGGGAAUUAUCUUCCAGAACAGGUUUUCAAUAUGGAUGAAACAGGACUGUUCUGGAAAAGAAUGCCUUCCCGCACAUUCAUUUUCAAGGAUGAGGCCAAGGUCCAUGGCUUCAAGGCGUACAAAGACCGCGUGACUGUCGUUAUGUGUGGAAAUGCUGAGGGGUUUUUGCUCAAACCUGCCCUCAUCUACAAGGCCAAGAACCCGAGGGCCCUCAAGAAUAAAAACAAGAACCUGCUGCCAGUGCAUUGGAUGCACAAUGCCAACGGCAGGAUCACAAAGCAGCUGACAUCGGACUGGUUCCACAAGUGCUUCAUCCCCCAAGUCAAGCUGUAUCUCGUGGAGAAGGGACUCGAGUUUAAUGUCCUUCUCCUCAUGGACAAUGCUGAAGGUCAUGCCCAAGAACUGACCUAUGACGGUGUGCGGAUUGAGUUCCUUCCUCCCAACACCACUUCACUGAUCCAGCCCAUAGAUCAAGGUGUUAUUCGCACGUUCAAAGCCCUCUACACGCGAAACGCCCUGCAGCACCUCGUCGAAGCCAUGGAUCUUGAGGAGAACUUCUUGCUGAAGGACUGCUGGCGACAGUAUACGAUCGCAACCUGUCUGAAGAAUAUUCAUGUCGUGUUGAAGGACAUAAAGAUGGAGACCGUCAAUGCCAGCUGGAAAAAGCUGUGGCCUGAAAUUGUUCACGACAAUACAGGAUUCACCCCAGAGGAUAUAAGCAACUCGGCAGUGGUUAAGGCAGUAAGGCUAGCGCGGAUGCUGGGAGGAGAAGGUUUCGCGGAUAUGACCCGCAAUGACGUGGAUAAGCUGCUGGAGACGCAUUUGGAUCCCUUAACUGACGAGGAUUUGGUGGAGAUGGCAAAGUCUGCGAGUGAGGAGGAGGACGAGCAGCCAGAGGCUGCUGAGGACCAGGAGGAGGAAGCUGGCCUUACCCUUGAACGUCUCUCACAAGUCACAAGAGCCAUUAAGGAAGUUCAGGACAUGAUUGAUGAAUGGGACCCACAGAUGAUGCGUGCAUUGCGGUUCCAGAAUGCACUUGAUGGAGCGAUGGAACCCUACAAAGACCUUCUCACGCUGAUGAAAAAACAGCACCAGCAACUGCCUGUCUCGAUGCUCUUCAGCUGUGCACCCAGACACCCACUGCCUAGGCCUAGUCCUUCUGCUCAAGUGGUGCCUCUAGAGGAGCAGUAACCCUGCUUUUCUUUGCUGCGCAGUACAUCGCUUCAUCUUCAGUACUGCACAGCAGAUCAUCAUCAUCGAACAAGUUGCAGUGUUUUUACAGACAGAACAGCUGUGACAGCUAAGGUGUCUCUCCCUCCCAAGGAGCAGGUCUACAACGUACUUACAAGGUAAGUGAAUUUGGAUUUGUUCUGUUCGUUUUAUGUGGCUGUGUGAAAUGGACAAAUUGGAAUGAAACAAUGAAAUGAGAUGAACGGAGUGUGAACUUCAGUACUGGUACUUUUAUAAUGCACGUGUUUUAUCAAUUUAAGCUAUCAUUUCAGAUGCCUAGCAGCCUGCCAAAAAGCUUCAACAUGGAUGGCGCAAAAAGAAAAGUACCACCACCCCAAAAGCUGGGGAUGGAAGAAAGUCUUCUACAUGUGUUUGAAAGGUUUGCACCAUACGAUUGCACCAUGUAUACAUGACAGGAGCAUGACUGAUUUGAAGCAUGAGUAAUUAUCUGACUAUGCUUUGACUAUUAAUUGUAACUGAUGCUGCUGUUAGUACGAUGAUGAUGGUGGCCUGGUUUUGAAGAGGCUGUUCUCCAGUCCCAUGGGCGUGCAACUGAGGCAGCUGUUAAGGAUGCCACAAUGAACACAGUUCACAAUGCUCCAGGCACAAGGACAAAUAAUGUGAACAGUACUUAGUGCAGUGGAGGAUAAUGUGCACCGUAAGAACAUUUGCACAUGCUGUUUUACUUGGAUUACUAACUUGAGGUUUGAGUGACUUUAAUGUGGGCUUUGCUACCUCAUUUUGUUGGCCCGAUAUGCUUGUGGUCAUUAUUGGCACGUCUUUUUUUAAAAUACUGAACUUUCCCAGUUGUACAAAUAUUGUUGCAAAUGUCUGGAAUUAAAGUAUUGCAUAGUCUUGUA